UAUCGGCGCAUACGCAGUGGCAGUGCGGUGGAAAUCCCAGGAUCAGCCGGUUCUUGCCGUGCGAUGCAUUCGUCACAUUCGCUGCAUUAUUUCGCCUCAUCGUGCACUUCCCGAUCGGGAUGGUGGAACGAUGUCGGCUCGAGUGGUUCUGAGGCUCUGCGUGGGGCCUUGGGUCGUUGCCUGAUCCGCACGCCCCGAUCAUUCUUCCGGUGAACGACAUGCCCAUCCGUGGGCGGCGUACAAGAUGGCUUCAUCCCCUUGGCCAGGCCCCGUCAAUGUGGCCACCGAUUGACCACUUUUCCUACACUACCGAUGUGUGGUCGUUUUAUCGAAUGUUGGCCUCCGCUCAACGUUAUCGGCACACAUCGCUUCGAUUAGACAGUCGUCUAGUCACCAAACCCCAUCCGCACCAUAUCGUAGCCAAACGAUGGCCAACAUUUCCAGUUUCGCAAGACCUCUUCUGAUAAAAGGUCUCGCACAGUCUUCGAUGCGCCUCGUCCCCAGCUCAAGCCCGCUACGAGCUUCGAACUUUACGAGGCUGGUAGUAACAGCCCUGGUACCAGCAGCGACAUCCACAUCUACUUCGACCGAGACAGCCGUCUCUGCAGACAGUUCGAGACAGUCCAUGGUCUUUGGGGUCGCGGGUGUCUUGUUCGCAGCCAGCGGACUGGCGAUUUCCGCGUUUCAAUUGCGGAACAUGUAUGAGCGGAGGAAAGCAGCAGAUCAUGCUGCACAGGUCGCAGAUGCCGGCGGCGUUGUCUAGGUGGCGCACGUUGUAACUCGAGAUGGGGAGAGCUUCACGCACGAGCUCCUUGUUUGAUGAUUGUAUGAUACCCCAGAGUGUUUAUUUUGCUCUUUUGCUCAGCUGGAAGAUCAGUACAGCGUGUUUCGGGUAUCCUUGGGGUGUUCUUGGAGUGAUUUCGUUGGAGCGACAAUUCUGGUAGAGGAUGAGGCUGUAGAACAAGAAAUUCCUCUCCAGAUCCUGGUAAAGCAAUUGUAUUCUAGCCAGAACAUAGAGAUAUGACUUGCAGGCUUCAGGAUCGAUGGGUGUUUAAAAUGAGCGAUUGGGGAGAGGAGUGAAGAAAGCCACGGCCUCGUGGUCAGAAGUUGAGCGACGAGCACGGACCCAGACCCGGACGUUAUGCCGCAC